AUGCCGUCUGAUAUUGAUUUUCGUGAGUUAUUAAUCAAUCUUGAUGAUGAAAUGUCCAUUGAAGAACGUAAAAGGUUUGUUUUUCUACUUGGUGAUGAUAUACCAAGACGAAAACGAGAUGAACCACUUGUUGAUAUUUUUACAAUACUUAUUGAUCGAGGACGAAUAUCACGAAUGAAUUGUAAUUAUUUAGUGGAAAUAUUAACACGCAUGAAAUUAACAGCAUUAGCUUACCAAGUUGCUCGUUUUGAAACAAAAAAUUCUCCUUCAAUAUCACUUCCACCAGAAUUGGAAAACAGUCAACCAAUCAGCAAUGCUGAUAUUUCAUCUGCUGCAACCGACGACAAUCGACGAACAAAUGCUCCUACAUUAGAAGAAUUCUGGAAUGAUAUAAAUGCAUCAGAUGCAAUGAUAAUAUCGGAUUAUGAACAAAAUACUCCAAUUGACACAAAGCCUGUGAUUGUUAAACCUGAGUCACCAAUAAUACCUUUAUCUUUGGAAGAUAUCGAUUUGAAAGUAUUUGAAAAUGAUUCAUGGUCAGAUGAGUUUCUUCAAAAAAUUAAUGUAAAUAUUCAUCCAUAUGAAUAUCAACGUGAAUUAGUACAAAGUGCUAUUCAAGCAGGAAAUACAAUCAUAUGUCUUCGAACAGGUGGUGGUAAAACUUUUGUUGCUGCUUUAUUAUUAAAAUAUUAUUCAAUCAAAAAGAUGACAUUAUCAAAUGAAAAUGGAACGAAAUUCUUAGCUUUUUUUAUUGUACCACGUCGAGCAAUGCUUAAACAACAAUUAGAAAAAUUGAAACAAAUAGGAAAUCUUCGAAUAAUAGCAUGUGAUGAAAAUAAUGAUGUUACACGAUAUAUCAACAAUUAUGAUGUUCUGGUUUGUACACCACAAAAAUUUCUCAAUGGUUUAAAAGCAAAAACAAUUCUCUUAUCUGAUAUUGAUUUACUCUGUUUUGAUGAAUGUCAUGAUACUGUAGUACGUAAUCAAUAUGUUGGAAUAAUGCAAUAUCUUAUGUGUCAAAAAAUUGCUCAUAUUCCACCUGUUAGCUCUUCACCAAUUAUUAUUGGAUUGACUGCAGUAAUUGGUCUUCAUCGAUCAAGUUCUUCACAAAUAACUCAUCAUUUGGCAGUUCUUUGUGCUACAUUUAAUUGUUUCACAAUUACGACAGUAAUGAAAAAAGAAAAUGAAAUAGAACUUGAACAAUAUGUUAGUCGUACAUCUGAAGAUGAAAUUAUAUGUAUUAAUAAACAAAAAGCAUUUGAUUCAUUAAGAUUAUCAAUAGAAAGUGAACUUAAAAAUUUAAUUUUACAAUUAUUUUUAAAUAAAGAUACAAAUCCAUUACGUAUUUUUCCUGAAAAAGAUUUUGAUAUGAAUGGAUAUGAACAGAAUCUUGAAAUCUUAAAACAAUCUGAACAAAAAAAUCAACAUUUUUCAUCUGUAAUUUUAAUUAAUUAUAUUCUUGCUAUUUAUCGACAUUUAAGAGCAUUAACUGAUUUAACACCGGAAUUAGUUCUUUCCGAUUUAAAAGAUUAUUUUGAAAUGAUAUAUAAAAGUCGAGAACAUCCAAUUGAUAUUGAUACAUUAAUUUAUGAAAAAUGUCAAAAUUUAUUUAAGAAAAAAUUAACAGAAAUUGAAGAAUCUGGACAAGUACUAUCGAAUCCAAAACUUGAUAAAGUUGUUGAAUUAUUAAAAAAACAUGCAGAAAAAUCAAAUAAUCGAGCUCUCGUUUUGGUUGAACGAACGUUUUAUGCUAAGAAAAUAUGUGAAUUUUUACAAAAUCAUUCAGAAUUAAAGCCAUGUUGGCUUGUUAGUCAAAGUGGUGUGGACUCUAAAAAAUCCAAUAAAAAAGAAGAUUCAAUAUUAAAUGAUUUUCGAACUGGUGUUUAUAAUGUAAUGAUUUCUACUGAUGUUGUACAAGCAGGUUUGGAUAUACCUGAAUGUUCAUUGGUUCUUCGAUAUGAUUUUGUUCCUGAUAGUAUUGGAACUGUUCAAGCUCGUGUUCGUGCACGAACAGUUGGUUGUGCAUAUUAUCUCAUUACUACAAAAGAUUCUCAAAAUUAUAUGAAAGAAUUAGAUAAUCGACAAUGUGAACAAGAUUUGAAAGAAGUUCUUGAAACAUGGAAAGGAAUUUCUUCUGAUCUAUUUAAAGAACAAGUGAUGAAAAAACAAACAUCUCUUAUUACAGAAUGGAAUGAAAGUUUAACUAAAACAUUAAUAACAGAAACAACUAUGCUAAAAAAUAUUGAAUUAAUUGGAGAUGUCUUAUGUAGAGCUUGUGGAUAUCUACUUGGUAAACUUUCACAAGUUCGUCAACAUGGACAAUCUUAUUUUAUUAGUGAUCAUGAUUUUUAUAAUCGUAUUGAAGAAAAAGUAUCAUCUGAACCUCAAGAAUAUUUGAAAACUUUAGUAACUGGUAAAGCAUUAUGUGGAAGUAAAAAUUGUCGUACUGAACUUGGUUGUAUUCAAGUUUUAAAAGAUUAUCAAAAAAUUAGCCCAAUAUAUCCAUUAAAAUGUGAAUCUAUUAAAAUAAAACUCAUUGAAAAAGAAACUGGAAAAGAACAAAUUAUUUUAAAAAAGAAAUGGAAAAAAAUGCCAUUUACAAUUCCACUUCUUGAAAUUCCAUGUACACAAAAUAAUGAUGAUAUAUUUUACGAUGCUUUUGAUAUACUUCCUAGUGAUUAA